UUAAAAUUAUGCCUGGAGGAUUAAAAGCAGGAAUAAAUAGCUUUGUAUUUGGAGUAGAUAAGUUAUUUACUCCAUCUAAAUCUCGGACUAAUAUUAUGGAUUUGAGAGCAUUAGUAGUACAUAACGUAACAAAAGAUGAAAAAAACAUCGAAGGAAGACAAUUUCGAUAUCCAAAAAAUUAUCAUGACAUUGUAGAGAAUGGUAUAAUUCAAAGACUAAAAGAUUCUAGAGGAAAUGCUAUACCUGGCAAGUAUGAGCUUUUAUUUGGCAAUAAAGAUGAGGAAGGAAAACAAUCGAGCUUUCCUUUAGCCUUAGUUGUUCAAACUGUUGAAGAAGAUUCAAGUAAAAAAGGUGUAUAUCACGAUAUUAUAUACAAAGAUGGUAAUAAAUAUUAUUUUACUAUUGAGGAGUUAAUUGGUAAAGAUCCCAAUAAUAAAAAUGAAGAUUGUAGUGGAUUUUAUGAACCAUUCGAUUUUUCAAAAAAAGAUUUAGAAAAAUAUCUACCAGUUUUUGAGGUUAAAAAUAUUAAUGCAGAUAAAAAACAAGGCAAAGAUCCUAUAUACAAACUAACUAACUCUUCCAUAGUAACUCAGGCGGGGGGUGGUCAGGAAGUUCCUGAUAAAAAAUGUAGAAAUGGCGAGUUGCUAUAUACCAGCUACUCUGGACCGUCAAAUCUCCAUGCUUUUGCAAUUACUGAUGAAAGAGGGAACUUAGAGAUGGCCAAAAGUCUCUUUAUAUCUAUUCCCAUUAUGUUUGUUACAAGUUUGAUUAAAAUUUUUGCUAAUUUUGUAACUUCUCCUUUUGUGAAAAUUGGGGAGCGGUUGAUGAAUAUACAAAAUCCAACAGUACAAGCCUUUGCUCGCGUUUUACGUGGUUGUGCAGAACUAACAAAGAAUAUAGUGAACAUUGUAGCUACUAUACUUAGAAUUCCUAUUCUACUAUUUACUGCAAAUAAAGAAAAGUAUAGUGAUGUUUACUAUACACUGUGGAAAGAGCAAUUUAAAGAGUGUUGGAGUGGCAUAAAGAAUGGUUAUAAAGUGAUCACAAGUGGUAAAGUGGCAGAAUCAGAAGAAGCAAAGGAUAAUGCUGAACAUCACAUGAUUGGCACAUGGAAGGAGCUUGAUGCGAGAAGACCAGAGAUGGAAUAUAAAUUUAAAAAAACAAAACCUCUUAAUAGUAGAGUAGAAACAGUUGUAACACUUGAUGAUAUUAAGACAUCCACUAUUGAGGUAUCCAAUGGUUAUGUUGAUAAAGAAAAAAAUAGGCAACAGCAAAGAAAUACAAGUAUUACAGGUUCUCGCUCUAAGUAUAUUCUAUAAACUAAAUACCUAAUGCAAUUUUCACUAUAAUCUAUAUUAUAAUGUUAACAUCAUUCACUCAGAUGAAUUAAAAAAUACAAAACUCACAUAAUUUUAAAA